AUGUCUGCCAUUAUUCGAGUGUUAUACUUGCUUCAUCAUGACCCUCCUCCCAUGGUGCAGCUAAUGCCCCGAGAUCGCGACACGGAACAUCAGCCCUUGGCAGGAACAGAAAGGGUUGGAUUCAUUGCCAUCGGUGUAAUCGCCCUUUGCUCCUUCAUCACAGCCUUCGGAUUACUUUCGUUCCUUACGUACCGUUUUAUUUUCUGGCAGCAUUACUAUAAACGACCUCUUUCGCGCAAUCAAUAUGUCUUGCUGAUUUACAAUCUUCUACUCGCGGAUAUUCAACAAGCCACUGCGUUUCUACUGUGUCUCUACUGGGUUGGCAAGGGCUCGGUGUAUCACCCAAGUGCUGCUUGUGUCCUGCAAGGCUGGUGGAUUCAGACAGCGGACCCUGGUAGCGGUCUGUUCGUAAUUGCCAUUGCAAUGCACACUGGUGCUGUUGUCCUGAGAGGGCCCUGCAUUGUAGGACUUUGGAUCUUCAUCAUUCUUUUGGGCGUGAUCCCGGUGGCACUAUACGGCCAUGAAGCGUUUGUCAUAUCCGAAGCUGGUUGGUGUUGGUUAGCCCGUGAACACAAAAGUGAACGCCUUUGGGGUCACUACUUCUGGAUCUUUCUUGCCGAAUUUGGAGCGGUUAUCCUAUACGGAAUCAUGUUUAUCUAUCUACGGCGUCGGACCUCAGAGUCAGCCAAGCUUCGCCAGCACCAUCAGGACCAAUUGAAGCGCCUAAAUCGUGUUGUUAUUUACAUGGUGAUCUACCCAUUUAUGUACCUGAUGUUGUCUCUCCCCUUGGCCGCUGGAAGAAUGUCCAGCUCCCGCCAUGUGGUUCCUAGCAAAAUUUACUUUGCUGUGGCAGGAUCGCUGAUGGCCCUGUCCGGACUGGGGGAUACGAUUGUGUACACGCUUACGCGGCGCCAGCUGCUUCUGGACACAGAAAUAAGUUCAUCAGACAAGGUCUAUGGAGCCUACUCCGGCUCACACUUCCAUCAAACGCAUAUCAGCACGGUGCGUCGAGACUCUACACGUAUCCGUAUGGGAUCCCGCAUUCGCAGGGGUUUACAAAGUGUCAAUGCCACGUUUAAUGAUGACCGCGAUGGUUCCACCGAGGAUAUUGUGAGGAAAGGAGACAUGGAGCUGGGGGACAUUGGUCAUGGGGUGUAUCAGGAAACCACGAUUGAGAUCACACACGAACUGGCAGAUUCUGGAGAGAUGCAUGGACACAGCAAUCGUGCCACUUAA